CUCUCACUCGAUUUCGCAAUCGCACAACUUCCUUCCUUUCACAUCUUCCUGAUUUUUUAAGCCUUUGUUUACUCUCUCUCUCUCUCUCGUUAUUUUCAACUGUGUUUAUGGUUGGUGAGCUAAACUCCAGCUGCCAUGCAUUGACUUCUUAUAUUAGUGAUCAUGCCCAUUUGGAUUUUCUCUAACCUCUUUCCCUUCUUUCGAUUGUGGGUCUCCUCUUAAACCCCCCAAAAUGGGGAUUUUGAAAGGCUUAGCACUUUCAAGAUUGUUCCUUUGAUUCUAUUGAGAUCAUAAGAGGGAAUAGACAAUUUUUGGGGCUAUGAAGUGUUUCCCAUUCUAUAAUGGAGAUAAGAAGGAUGAACGGAAGACUACAAAGUCGAUUUCAGUUCAGUCCUCUACUUCCAUGUCAACUGAUUUUGAGGCGAGGAAAUCAGUGUCUGAAUUUAAUUCGCAGAACAUCUCGUAUACAAGCACCGAAUCCUCUACAAGGAUCUCAUUUACCAGUUUGUCUCCAAGGCCUAGUAAUCUCAGAGUCUUUGAAUUUGAGGAGCUGAAGGUGGCCACCAGGAAUUUUAGCCGUUCUCUUAUGAUUGGAGAAGGUGGAUUUGGUGGUGUAUACAGGGCUGUGAUACGGGAUAGAGAAGAGUCAAAUAAAAAGCUUGAUAUUGCUGUUAAACAACUUAGCCGAAGAGGGUUGCAGGGGCACAAAGAAUGGGUGACAGAAGUGAAUGUCCUUGGGGUUGUUGAACAUCCAAAUCUUGUCAAACUUGUGGGCUAUUGUGCUGAGGAUGAUGAAAGAGGGAUCCAAAGGCUAUUAAUCUACGAAUACAUGCCCAAAAGAAGUGUGCAAGAUCAUCUAUCAAGUCGAUUUCAGACACCUCUCCCAUGGGCUACUAGACUAAAAAUUGCCCAGGAUGCUGCUCGAGGCUUGGCAUACCUCCAUGAAGGAAUGGAUUUUCAGAUUAUUUUCAGAGAUUUCAAAUCCUCAAAUAUCCUCUUGGAUGACCAGUGGAAUGCUAAACUUUCGGAUUUUGGAUUGGCCAGGCUUGGCCCUUCUGAUGGAUUGAGCCAUGUCUCAACAGCGAUUGUAGGAACUGUCGGAUAUGCUGCGCCAGAAUACAUCCAAACUGGGCGUCUCACAUCCAAGAGCGAUGUGUGGAGCUACGGAGUCUUCCUUUAUGAACUCAUUACCGGUCGGCGUCCUUUGGAUCGAAACCGCCCUAAAAUUGAGCAAAAACUUUUGGAAUGGAUCAGACCACACCUCUCUGACGUGAAAAAGUUUGAACGGAUUUUAGACCCUCGGCUGGAUGGUAAGUACUGCCUCAAAUCUGCUCAAAAGCUAGCAGCUGUAGCCAACAGGUGCUUAGUGAGACAACCAAAGAUGCGCCCUAAAAUGAGUGAAGUAUUGGAGAUUGUGAACCGGAUUGUGGAGGCAACCGAAACUGAAAGCCCUGAAGCCCCAAUUCAGACUAUCACUACAGUAGAUGUUAAUGAAAAAUCCAUGGAAGGAUUGAAGAAAAGGUUCAUAAAUUCUACAAUCGGAGAAAACAGGUGCUUGGUUUGGCGAACUUGGAGACCUGAUUUUGUGAGAACCAAUUGAGCACAAAACAUACAAACAGCAAGGGACGAGACAGAUUUGCUUGGCAUAUGAGUAAAGAAGCCUAUGCAGCAAGGCAGCUUCUUUUUGUAUGUAUGUUUUCUUUGUGCUAUGCAAUUUCAGAGGUUUUUACUUAAAUUUUGACUCAUCUAGCAAUUUGUCGACCUCAAAAUUUUGUUGAUCGUUUGGAGUUUGCGAACUCAAAGGACUGCCACAUGACAACCUCAGCAACUUUACCAGUGGCAAUACCCCCACCUUUCCAAUCUGCAUCUGCAUCAUCUGCACCUUUCACCGCUGUUUCCUUUGAUGACGAUAACAUUUAAAUGAAUGUAUGAUAUUGUAAAGAAAAAAAUCCAGUCUGUUGAAUUGUUCUUCAAGCUUUCGGUUUCUCAAUAUUAAAGUCCUGGAUGAUAUAGAUUUGCAUAUAGCGUUGCUUUGCAUAUCAGGAAUGUGUGUGUAUCUUUUUUUCAGGAAGUGAAUGUGUUUAUAUCUUUGUUCUUGAUGAAGUUCUCUAUUUAACUAG